AUGUUAACCCUUGUUUUAUUUUUAGAGUUUCCAAUCGGCGAUAAAAAUGUUACUCAUUUUCUCGCAUUUAUAAUUGCUAAUAAGCAGACUAAAGAAAUUGUUAUUUCCUUCAGAGGAUCAGAUUUUGAAGAUUUGGGUUCCCAAUUAUCAAGUUCUAAUAAAGGUAUCCUUGUUAGUGAGGGAUUUUUCACCACUUGGCAAUUGUUUCAAUCAUCAAAUUUCACAAGAGAAUUGGCUUCAUUAAUAAAAAAAUAUCCAAGCUUUACCGUUUCAUCAACUGGUCAUAGUUUAGAAGGAGCUCUAGGAUUAUAUCAAGCUCUAGAUGUUAAACAAAAUCAUCCACAAAAUACUAAGGUCUGUUUUUAUGGGUUUAACAUACCACGUGGAGGAAAUGAUUUGUUUGCUAAUUAUGUUGAUAAAGAAUUAGAUUGUAUAAACCAUGUCGUUUCAGGAGGUGAUUUGGUUUCUAGAGUUCCUCCUUGUCCAAUUUGGGUACAACCUAAAGGUGAAGUAUAG